CUUUUUUUUUUUUUUUUUUGAAGUCUCAUGCAGACAAAAGGUGGAUACAACUGUUGAAAACAAUGCUUGGGAAGUUGAAAGGGCAUUUACUCGAGUGCCAAACAACAUAGCUGAGGAUGAUCAACCUCUGUCAAAAUGGAUUGGAGGAAUUCAUUCCUCGAAUGUCGAAGAGUCAAGAAUUUUAUCUGGCCGGACUAUCAAUGAAUGGAAUGAGGCGAGAGAGAAACAAGUCAAUCUUGUGAUGGAGGGUUCUGUACUUGCUGGCAAAGAGAGUGAUGUCUCUAACGAGCAUCAAACAUUAUCUUUUGUGAAACAAUCACCUAUUUGGGAAACCAUUGAAUCUAUGGAAAUUUUUCAACUACUUCCCCAGAGGCCACAUUUCCGUCCUUUGAGUAAAAGCAAGGAAGAGUAUCGUGAAGGAUCAGCUAUUGGCAUUAUGGUAACAUUUGCCGGUCUGUUUGAGAAGAUUUCCAUGUUGCAGUUGGAAGAUUCUAAGAGUGUAUUUUACAGCAUUCUGGAAAGUCUUCUUGACCUAGAGAAGCAUGGAUUCGAUGUUACAGUUCCGAGAAAUCGUGUAAAUGAACUGCUGUCUAUUAAAGAUGGGGAAGGACAACUCCUUGAUGAGUCAAAAGAGGCCGAAAAGGAGAUAGAGGUGCAUACAAACAAAAUAACAGAAUUUGAUGAAGAGAUGGAAGACAUUAGAAAAAAGAUUAAUGAAUUAGAGAAUCAACAUGCAGUUUUAAAAUCAAAGAAGGAAGCUGAGAAUCUUGUGAUUGGGAGGCUGCGGUUACAGGUUGAUGAUCUUAACAAACAGACUGAGAAUGCAAAAUCUGAGUUUCGAGAAGCAGCUACUGCCCCUUGGAAGUAGUUAAGAAGAUAAGUAUUAAUUUUAUUUCAUUUACUAGUAAAAUGCAAUUAUAUCGGCAAUAUUCUAGGUCUGAUCUUCUGCUAUAUGUAGCAUCAGUUGUGUUCGGCCUCAGAAUCGUCUUCUUGUAUAUUUCAUCAAUUGAUAGAUGUUCUUGAAAAUGAAAGCCUUGUUUUGAAAAUCAGAAGUACUUGUGUCAUCAUUGACACCCUUCAAGAA